AUGACAGCGCAGAGAGUCAGAUAUGGUGAACCCAGUCAGUGUUAUGUUUUUGACGGGGAUGGCGUUUGUGAGGAGUUUGAGCGGGGUUCCAGCGUUCAGGACUGUGGUUACUUCACGCCGUUGGGUUACACCGACCAAUGGGCAUCCACCGCCACCGCCUCCCACCAGGACCCCCGCCACUGCCCUGCAAACGCCGCCACAGGGGAGCCAACGCUGGCCAAGCUCUGCAGGUACCAGCACCUGGAAAUGAGUGACAAACCGCCUCCUGAUGCCUGGUUCCCCUGCACAGCCCCCAUCGACACAAGCAACGACCUGGAACAUUCAUUUUGGCUGAAGGUGGGAUUCGCCCAUCCUGGGGUGGCGGCCUCGGUGAUGGUCUACCUGGCCUCAGAUGGAUCCUGGUCUGGGGAACAGUGUCGGAGAACCGCCACCAUCCUGCUGUCGGACACCACCGGGAAGAACCACUCAUUAGGGACACAUGACCUGUCGUGUCAUCGGAACCCGUUGGUGGUCAACGUGACCCAUGACCUCUCUCGCCCCUUCUUCCUCACCUCCUCCGUCAUCCUCUUGUUCUCGUCUUCCUCGAUGGCGGUGGGAGGCGUGGCCCUGAGGACCUCCUGCCACUUCAGCACCUUCGCCCUGACCGGUUGCUUGCGACAGCCGUGUCAGAUGGACAACUGCAGCCCUCCUCAGUUAGACCACGCCUCCGUCAGGUGUACAGGAGGAGGGGAGGCGUCUCGCUGCUCGGUCAGAUGUCACCGUGGUUUCAGUGUGACCGUCCUGAGCGGCAGAGGAAGUCCACCACACCAGAGGGAGACCAAACUGGAGUGUUUCCACGGAUCCUGGGAUCGGAUCGUCAGCUGUCAGCCCGUGGACUGCGGUCCACCAGACCAGUCUCACGUCUACCACGCCAUCUUCAGCUGCCCCUGGGGAACCACCUUUGGUAAACAGUGUACCUUUACCUGUGGAUCACCAGCCAUUCUCCAGGGUGACAGUGACAGGCUGGUGUGUUUGGAGGACGGCCUGUGGUCUUUCCCUGAGGCCUACUGUAAGAUCGAGUGUCCAGAGGCUUCAGGCGUAAACAACGCCAAGCUCCUGACGGCGGACUGCCUGGCCACGGGGCACGACGUCGGCUCCGUCUGCCGGUACAAAUGCGACCCGGGCUACUACGUGAUCGGGAGCCUCAAAAAGAAGACACCGAGGAAGUACUUCAGGUUAGAGUGUCUGGAAGGAGGGCAGUGGGAGGACGGCGGCUGCGAGCCCAUAUCCUGCCCCGCCAUCGCAGACAUAUUCCAGGGCAUGUACACCUGCACCAACGGACGCUUCUACGACUCCACGUGCACGCUGCAAUGCCCCGACCCAGCAGAAAACAGUGUGAUCCGUUGCACUAAAGACGGCGUAUGGACGGCGUCGUUCUCCAUGUGUUCGAGGCUCCAGGGCUCGUGCUCGCCUCCUCCUGAUCUCCAUUCGGUGGAGUACAGCUGUGACCAGGGAACGGCUGUGGGUGCCGUUUGCUUCCCAACAUGCAUUGUGUCUCUGGACAUGGAUCUGCGUGACCCGGUGGUUCUGCCAAACGGCACUACGGCGGAGUCUUUAAACCACUGGAUCCUGCCCACCAAAGUCCAGAGCAUAAUCUGCACCGGGCUGAUGAAGUGGUAUCCCGACCCUCGACACAUCCACUGCAUCCAGUCAUGUGAGCAGGUAUUCUGA